AUGAGCGAAGACAACUGCUUACAGCCUCAACUAUCUCCUCUGUUCCUUAGUUGCAGUACCAAGAAGGCUAUGGAAUCAAUAGCGCCCAUCCUGGAGGGCUUCACGCCGAAGACAUCGUCGAGCGAGAACACAUCUUUGAAACUGCCACCUGCGAGUCUCACGACGGAUGAGGAAGAAGACGCGGAUGAAAAUCUGGAUCCGAACGCACUGGCUCGGACCGUUAGUGUGCAGUCGCAGCAAUCGGCUGUAGGAGGGACGGGUGCAGUUACGUACAAUAGCCUGGCCGCACCAGAUGAGAACGCGGAGACAUUUGCCAAGCAUGGCGCAGCCCACGGUUUGGAGCAGAUCACGUCUAGCCAAGCUUUAGAGGAGUGUGCGUGCGAGGAAGGGAACUGCACGGAUGCGUGCCAGGCGGUUUCGCCAGGAGCCUACAAGGGCCAGUCACCCAGGAAGCCAGCAGACGAUGCUACUGAGAAGAACGAGGGCUGGCAACACUCGGUGCAUCCCCCCGUACAGCAAACUGGGCACGAGGGGGCUAACUCUGACUCUGCCACGCCUGCUCCCAGCUCUUCCAGUUCAUCACGAAAGUCCUCAACUUCCAUCACAAAGCCACAACUUCCCCGAGUAGGGAAAAUUGGUGUCUGUGCCAUGGACGCCAAAGUGCUGUCGAAACCCUGCCGUCAUAUUCUUAACCGGCUGAUCGAAAAUGGCGAAUUCGAAACCAUUAUCUUUGGGGAUAAGGUGAUUCUUGACGAGAACAUCGAGAACUGGCCGACCUGCGACUUUCUAAUAUCAUUCUUUUCGUCUGGGUUUCCUUUGAACAAGGCAAUCGACUAUGUCAUGCUCCGUAAGCCGUUUAUGAUCAAUGAUUUGAUUAUGCAGAAGGUACUCUGGGAUCGCCGACUGUGUCUAAGGCUCCUUGAAGCAGCACAAGUACCAACACCACCUAGGUUAGAAAUAACUAGAGAUGGUGGGCCAAGGGUGGAUGACGCGUUAAGGUCAAAGCUUUUGGAGCGUGGCGUCCAUGUCAAGCCAAUUAGGGAGCCUAUUUGGCGGAUGUUGGAUAAUGACACAUUGGAGGUCAACGGCGAGAUAAUGACCAAGCCAUUUGUGGAAAAACCUGUGGAUGGCGAAGACCACAACAUCUACAUUUACUACCAUUCAAAAAAUGGCGGUGGCGGUCGCAGGUUGUUUAGGAAAGUGGGCAACAAGUCGUCCGAAUUUGAUCCUGCCCUUGUGGCGCCACGCAGCGAAGGAUCUUACAUAUACGAGAAAUUUAUGGAUACUGAUAACUUUGAAGAUGUCAAGGCAUAUACCGUUGGGGAAAGUUUUUGUCAUGCAGAAACGAGAAAGUCGCCGGUUGUAGAUGGGAUAGUGCGGAGAAACACACAUGGUAAGGAAAUUCGAUAUGUCACGGAGUUGACGGAGGAGGAGAAACAGAUGGCCGCCCGUGUUUCCAAAACGUUUUCGCAAAUGAUUUGUGGAUUUGACCUUCUUCGCGUCAACGGGAAGAGCUUUGUUAUAGAUGUCAAUGGCUUUUCGUUUGUGAAAGAUAAUUCGAUGUACUAUGAUUCCUGUGCAAAGAUUCUCCGGGACACCUUUGUAAAUGCUAAAAAGCAAAUUGAUCUAGAAAAGCGGAACUUGCCAGUUAUCCAAGAAGAAAAGAGGCAAAAGUGGUUCUUUAAAGGACUAGUUACGGUAAUUCGUCACGCGGACCGGACACCGAAACAGAAGUUCAAACACUCCUUCAGGUCCCAGAUAUUUAUCUCACUUUUGAAGGGUCAUAAAGAAGAAGUUGUUAUUAGGAAUGUCAGCGAUUUGCAAAUUGUUCUACAGGCUCUCCGUAUAGCUAUGGAGGAAGGUGUUGAGGAUCCGAACAAACUGGAGGUCUUGGCCAAUGCCUUGGAGAAAAAACUGAACUUUCCAGGAACAAAAAUUCAAUUGAAGCCUGUUCUUAACGAUGAUAACGAGGUGGAGAAAGUCCAGUUCAUAUUGAAAUGGGGAGGAGAACCCACACACUCUGCUAGAUAUCAGGCGCAGGAACUGGGCGAGCAAAUGAGACAAGACUUUGACCUGUUAAACAAGAAUAUCUUAAGGAAUAUCAAGAUUUUUUCUUCUUCUGAGCGCCGUGUCCUGGCUUCUGCACAGUUAUGGGCAAUGGCGUUAUUCGGUGCAGAUGAGCUUGGAAGUGACGAAAUCAGUAUAAGAAAAGAUUUGUUGGAUGACUCCAACGCUGCCAAGGAUUUGAUGGAUAAGGUGAAAAAGCAACUGAAGGCUCUUUUAAGAGAGGGCAAAGAAGCACCACCUCAAUUUGCAUGGCCACUUAAAAUGCCACAACCUUACCUAGUGAUAAAGCGCGUGGUUGAAUUGAUGAACUACCACAAGAAGAUUAUGGAUCACAAUUUCUCUCAUAAAAGUCUAGAAGAAAUGCAGAGAAGAUGGUGCUGCGGUGAGGAUCCUACAUUAUUCAAGGAGAGAUGGGAUAAGUUAUUCAAGGAAUUCGUGAGCGUGGAUAAGGUUGAUCCGGCGAAAAUAUCCGAACUGUACGAUACGAUGAAGUACGACGCUCUUCAUAACAGAUCUUUCCUAGAGCGUAUAUUUUCUCCCGACGAGGCGGAUGAAUUGAAUGAGGAUGCUGCUUGUCAACAUUCACUUGUUGACCGUUACCCGAUCAAUAUUUUGGCUAAGAAUAACUUUAAGAUCCCAGAAACCACCCUUGGAAAGACUACCAGCAACAGUGUGGGUUCUUUAGGAUGGGUACUAGAGAAAGAAAGCGGCAUGAAGGCACAUUGCUCGAAUCCUAACUCGAUAUUUGAUCACCCAAGGUAUAUGCAACUAAGAGAACUGUAUAGACUCUCAAAGGUUCUCUUUGAUUUUAUUUGCCCGCAAGAGUAUGGUAUUGAAGAUAAUGAGAAGUUGGAUAUUGGCCUUUUAACAUCUUUACCGUUGUCGAAGCAAAUUCUCAAUGAUAUUGAUGAUAUGAAAAGUAAGGAUACGCCGGCAUGUAUCGCUUAUUUUACAAAGGAAUCGCAUAUCUAUACUUUGUUGAACAUCAUAUACGAGGCGGGUCUUCCGAUGCGUAUCGCCAGAAAUGCCUUACCAGAACUAGAUUAUCUGUCCCAGAUUAACUUUGAAUUGUACGAAAGUGCAGACAGCGGAGGCCAGAAGUCCCAUGCUAUAAGGUUAAAGAUGUCACCAGGUUGCCACACGCAGGAUCCGCUGGAUGUUCAACUGGAUGAGAAGCAUUACAUCAGCUGUAUCCCGCGAAUCUCACUGACAAAGCAUCUAGACAUGGAUUACGUUUCCCAGAAGCUACGGAACAAGUUUUCAAGGGUUAACAUGCCACAGAAAUUUACGCCUGUGCAUAUUACGCAGCCGGACUUAAGCUAUAAGAGACCUGCUAUGAAGGACUCAUCCACUGAGUCAUAA